AAGAAUAUGAAGAAUACCAGAAAUUUGUGUUGGACAAAGUUUUAACAAGUGCUACUCUUUUGUUGUUGAGCUUUUUGGUGUACGGUAACUUGAAGAAGAUAAUCAGUGUGAUAUGGAGGAUUAAUCUUGUGAUAUUGUAUGAUUAUGAAGGAUUCCAUAUUUCUUUUAGUCUAAGCAUAUAUAAGAAAGCCUCAUAAUGCCUAAACAAAGGCAAAAUAAAAGUAAAAUCCGAUGGAGCAAACUAUACUCUUUCUCUUGUGUGCGACCUGGUGUUGUAGAAGCUGCUUCAAUUGAGCAGCUUGGUGGCCCUGGUUUCAGUCGCAUAGUUUUUUGUAAUCAGCCUUACUUACACCAGACAAAGCCAUUGAUUUAUCCUGAUAACUCCAUCUCGACAACCAAAUACAAUAUCAUCAGUUUUCUUCCAAAGGCUCUCUUUGAACAAUUCCGCAGAGUUGCCAAUCUUUACUUUCUAUUGACUGCAUGUUUGUCAACAACUCCAUUGGCACCUUUCACACCUGCAAGUAUUAUUGCACCAUUCGUAUUUGUCUUGGGACUCAGCCUGGCCAAGGAGGCAGUAGAGGAUUGGCAAAGAUUCAGGCAGGAUUUGAAGGUCAAUUCUCAAGUGGUAAAAUAUCAUAGAGGAAAUGGUGUCUUUGACACCAAAACAUGGAGAAAACUCUGUGUUGGAGAUGUUGUCAAAGUAGAGAAGGAUGAGUAUUUUCCAAGUGAUCUCCUCUUACUCUCCUCGAGCUAUGGUGAUGGGCUUAGCUAUGUUGAGACCGUGAAUCUUGAUGGGGAGACAAAUUUGAAACCUAAGAGAUGCUUAGAAGCAACACUUCCGUUGGAUCAAGAUACUGAAUUCAGCCACUUUACGGCUUCAAUUCGUUGUGAGGAUCCCAACCCUAAUCUCUACUCCUUUGUUGGGAACUUGGAUUUUGAGGGUCAGUUAUAUGCAUUAAAUGCUGAACAAGUGCUUCUUAGAGAUUCCAAGCUUCGGAAUACUGGUUAUGUUUAUGGUGUUGUGAUCUUCAGUGGUUCCGAUACAAAAGUGGUCCAGAACUCCACAAGGUCUCCAUCCAAAAGAAGUCACAUUGAGAAAAAGAUGGAUCACGUUAUUUAUCUCCUUUUUGCCAUUCUUGUUCUGAUUUCACUGGUUAGUUCCAUAGGAUGCUCUUUGUAUACCAAGUUUGAAAUGACAGAUUGGUGGUACCUUCAACCUGAUGUGGGUGAUGCUUCCUUUGAUCCGCAAAAACCAGAACUAACAGGUGCCUCUCAAAUGAUAACUUCACUGAUGCUUUAUGGCUAUCUAAUCCCAAUAUCUCUCUAUAUUUCAAUAGAAGUUGUGAGAGUAUUGCAAGCAAUCCUCAUUAACCAAGAUAUGCAGAUGUACAAUGAAGAAACUGGCAGUGCUGCUGAAGCCAGAACCUCAAAUUUGAAUGAAGAGCUUGGCCAGGUUGAAAUGAUUUUAUCAGAUAAAACUGGGACUCUUACAAGUAACCAGAUGGAAUUCGUGAAGUGCUCCAUUGCUGGAGUUUCUUAUGGUUGUGCAGUAAGUGAAGUUGACAUUGCUGCAUCCAGAAGAUUUAGAGCAGACAUGAAAAAAUUUACUUUUGAUUCUCAAGGUUCUGUUUGUCUAAGCCAGAGUUUUGAUAUAUCUGGGUUUCCAGAUAGUGAUGAUAAAGCCCAUAACACUGGGCAGAGUGAAGAGGGAUUCAAAUCUGAAGAAGCUGAUGCUACCGUUGAAAAUGACAGUAAACAUGUUCAAUUAAGAAAUGGAUAUAAAAUCAAAGGUUUCAACUUUAAUGAUGAUCGGCUCUUGUGUGGGAAGUGGAUAAACAACUCUUGUGUUUUUGACAUUGCUAUGUUCUUUCGAGUGUUGGCCUUGUGCCACACUGGUAUACCAGUACAAGAUGAGGAAACUGGUGCAAUAAAAUAUGAGGCUGAAUCCCCUGAAGAAGUGGCUUUUCUGAUUGCUUCCCAAGAGUUUGGAUUUAAAUUUUGCAAAAGAACCCAAUCCGUUUUGGUGCUUAGGGAGUUCAUUCCUUUUUCUGGACAGGAAACAAAAAGGGAAUACAAGCUUCUCAAUCUAUUAGAAUUCAGCAGUUCCCGUAAGAGAAUGUCCAUUAUAAUAAAGGAUGAUGAAGGUAACAUCUUUCUCCUGUGCAAAGGUGCUGACAGUAUUAUCUUUGAGAGGCUUGCCAACGAUGGUAAGCAGUAUGAGCAGGCGACUCGUGCCCAUCUUUCAGAUUAUGCUGAAGAUGGCUUGCGAACUUUAGCAUUUGCAUACAGAAGGCUAGAAUUAGCUGAAUACGAUGAGUGGAACUCACUAUUUUUAAAAGCUAAGACUACUAUUGGUCCAGAAAGAGAACACUUGUUAGAGAGUGCUUCUGAAAUGAUGGAGACAAAGCUGACUCUUUUAGGGGCUGCUGCGGUGGAGGACAAACUGCAGAAAGGGGUUCCUGAAUGUAUUGAUAAACUUGCCCAUGCGGGUCUAAAGAUAUGGUUGCUAACUGGAGAUAAGAUGGAGACUGCCAUCAAUGUAGGAUUUGCUUGUAGUUUACUUCGACGGGAUAUGAAGCAAUUCCAUCUCAAUUUAAAGAUUGUUGAUAAAUCAGAAGUCCUUGAAAAGGUUUUAAAGGACGAUCUCUUGCUUCAAAUUGAGGAUGCUUAUCAAGCUACUUCUUUAGAGUCCGGCAGAGAUACACCAUUUGCUUUGAUAGUGGAAGGGAAAGCUCUUGAACUUGCUCUGCAGAAUGAUGUGAAACACCAAUUUCUACGCUUAGCUGUAAAUUGUGCUUCUGUUAUAUGCUGUCGAAUAUCGCCGAAGCAAAAAGCAUUGGUUGCAAGAUUGGUGAAGGAGCAUACUAGUAUGAUAACUUUGGCUAUAGGAGAUGGUGCCAAUGAUGUUGGUAUGAUUCAAGAGGCGGACAUUGGUGUCGGGAUCAGUGGCAUGGAAGGAAUGCAGGCAGUCAUGGCCAGCGACUUUUCACUGCCACAGUUUCGCUUCUUGGAACGUUUGCUUAUAGUGCAUGGACAUUGGUGUUAUAAGAGGAUUUCUAAGAUGAUAUGCUAUUUUUUCUACAAAAACAUAACAUUUGGUCUUACCUUCUUCUACUAUGAGGUGUACACAAGCUUCUCGGGGGAGAUUCUAUAUGAUGAUUGGUAUAUGGUGCUAUUCAAUGUGAUUUUGACAUCUUUACCUGUAAUAUCAUUGGGAGUUCUCGAGCAAGAUGUUUCAUCUGAUGUGUGUCUUCAGUUUCCAGCUCUCUAUCAACAAGGUCAGAGAAAUAUCUACUUUAGAUGGAGACGCAUCCUUGGUUGGAUACUAAAUGGCGCCUACAGUUCUCUUGCAAUCUUUCUCUUGAAUAUUUGUAUCUUCCAGCUCUCUGCCUUCCACACUGAAGGUGAAGUUCCUGAUCUUGCUCAUCUUGGUGCCAUAAUGUACACAUGCGUAAUCUGGACUGUCAAUUGUCAGAUUGCACUCUUGAUCGGCCAUUUCACUUGGAUUCAACACUUAUUUAUAUGGGGUAGCAUUUCAUUUUGGUACCUGCUCAUGCUUAUAUAUGGUACCCUCCCACCAACACACUCAAAUAGAGGAUUUAAGAUAUUAUCAGAGGCUCUAGGACCUGCACCAACAUAUUGGCUUGCCACCCUUCUUGUAGUGCUUGUUUCUCUUCUCCCUUACUUUGUGCAUAUUGUGUAUCAAAGGUCAUUCAACCCUAUGGAUGACCAUGUCAUUCAAGAAAUUAAGUAUUAUAAGAAGGAUGUUACAGAUCGAUUCAUGUGGUUAAGAGAACAAAAUAAUGCCAAGAAGAAGACCCAUGUCGGGUUUUCGUCAAGAGUUGAUGCAAAGAUCAAGUAUUUGAGGGAGCAGUGGUAUCGAAAGACGAUGGCAAUAUACAGAUCUAUGACAAAUAGCCCACUUUCCUAAUUGGGCUUCACUUGUGCCUUGUGGAAGUUUAUUCUUAGCUUUAAGUAAAAUAUGGAGUUUUGUUCGUUAUUGGUUUGUUCUUUAUUUUAUGCUCCAUUCAUCUGUAAUUCUUGAUUCUUGUUUCAAAUUGUUGAACACGUGUACC